GAGGGAGAGUGUGUGUGUGUGUGUGUGUGCAGUGUGAAGGAAGAGAGCAGAGAGGGAAGCAGCGUCGGGAGAGUCAACGCAUGUCGCCAGAUCGAGAGAGACAGGGAGAGGACAGGAGCAGCAAGGACUAGGAGGGAGGAAAGGAAUUUGAAAGAGGAGAGAGAAGGGGGAGGCAGUUAAGUCAAGUGGAGAGGAGCCGGCAGUGGUGCAUUGUGGAUGUAAACUUUAUCAUCUGUGGGAUCGGUGGGCAGCGUCUGCAGAGAGGAGGAGAGCGUGCCGGUGGAUUACCAUGCGUGUCCUCUGAUCGCACCAGGAUGCUGCGUCUCCACCAGGGGAAAAGCUGGCCGUGGCUCGCCUGCAGAGGGAAGUCGCACGGAGCAAGAGUGAAGGAACAAUGCGAGAAAAGCUGAUCCACGAGCUAGAGGAAGAGCGACGCCUGCGACUGGAGAGCGAGAAGCGUCUCCGGGAAGUGACGGAGGAGUCGGAGCUGGGACGGGCGCAGAUGGUUUCAAUGCAGCAGCAAUUCUCCAGGAUGGAAGAGACGGUGCGGACGCUGCUGCAGAGCCAGGGCGUCGUGGAGCAGACUGCUGGGGACACCGUGGACCUCAUGAAGGCCUACAAGUAUACACUCUCAGAGGAAGUGCGGAAACAGUACGAGGGCCUUGGAGAAAAUGGCUCCCCGCCGUCGAUUCCUACGGAGCUGCAGCCGAACGAUCCUGAGGAGGACAAAGAGGAAACCAAACCACUUCUGGAACGCCUCCAGGCCCUUGAGGAGAGGAACUCUACCUUGGCCUCGGAGAACGAGAGCCAGAGGGAGCAGUAUGAGCGCUGCCUGGAUGAGGUUGCCAAUCAGGUCGUACAGGCGCUUCUCACCCAAAAGGAUCUCAGGGAGGAGUGUCUGAAGCUGCGGACCCGAGUCUUUGACCUGGAGCAGCAGAAUCGGGCGCUGGGUAUCCUGUUCCAGCAGCGUAUCAAGCCCGCGUCGGACCUGCUUCUCCAGAAACUCCACUCAAGGAUCAUGGAUCUAUCUGCGGCGGAUUUGCUUCUGGAGCCAGAAAGAAGCAAGGCCUUCCUCCUUUCCAGGAACACAGACUCCCCCUCCAGUGAGGUCCAGUUGAAUGGAAAGGCAGGUCUCCCUUUGGCCAAGUGUCUGAGCCAGCUGUCCCUCACAGCGCCGCCCGUGUACCCCCGCAGCAGCUGCAGCAGCAGUGAGUUGUCCCUGUCAAGUGCAUGCAGUGAAUUCUCCAGCGGCUCCUACACCUGGAAUGAUGGACGCUCCUGUGGGAAAAUGUCAUCGCUGACCUGGGAGAAGAGGCUGAGUUUGGGUUCGUCAGCUCCGAGUAACAUCUGCACCCCCCCGGAGGAACCCACAAGGCGAAAGGAGAGCAACAUACUUCAGGGACUGAAAAAGCUCCAGAGGAGGAAGCACAGGAGCUCCUCCGCUUCAGCAAGGGUCUCCAAGUCAGGCGACAAAGACUGCAUGAACUCCAACGAGGGCAUCUACUCCUUGGGUGUCAUGGGUGGAAGCAAGGGGGUGUCCAAUCCCACCCAUGUGGGUAGACCUGCAGCUGUUGGGGGGAAGAACUUCUCUUUUGAUUCUGAUGAUGCUGAUGAUGAAUUGGCAAACUCUUUUCGAGGAGAUAACAUCCCCACUAAGGACAACUGGUUUUACUGUAAGAGGCUCUCCCGCAGCAUAUCGGACAGUUUGUGUAGCUGGGAGGGGCUGCAGGACAGUGGAGGUGGAGGUGGAGGUGGAGGUGGAGGUGGAGGUGGAGGUGGGGGUGAUAGUAGCUCAGGACUCUCGGCUUCAAAACACCUUUCUGGCUGUGAUUCAAAAGAACGUCCCGAGAAACUCAUGAGUUUCAUUAACAGCUUUCUCCCUGAGGGAGGACGGCCCUCAGCUUUUACAAAACCAUCCCUGCUGCGCUUCAAGCCCCCUGACCCACAGGGUCCUAACCCCCUCUCUGAUAUGGAUGAUCCAGAGGAACCCAACUCGGAGUCUAGGGACGUCCGAAUGGUCUUUAGCCAGCAACACGAGCGAGCAGAGAGGGAGUCAAGAGAUGCUGCCAAGAUGAUUGUGCAACAGUGCUUGCGAAGAGAGCAGGGACGCACCCAGUCUGCCGACGGGAGGCCCCGGCCUUUCAGCCUGUUGAAGGAGCCCAAGGGAGCCAUGCGUACUCAGUCUGAGGAGAGCAUCUUGGCAAUAUUUGAUGCAGAAGGGGAGCCCAUUGAACUUUCUUCCCAGAGUCUCACCGCUUGUUCAGGGCCACGAAAUGGCAUUCAAAGUAGCAAAAUAGUCCCCGAUUACGCAGAAAUAAUGCCGAGGGAGAGACCAACGAGGCAAAAAUCUGCAAAUACUGUUAGCUACACUGUUCUUGAAUCUCCUGAGAAGCCAUCUGAAUAUCAAAUUAGGACUCAAAAUAGUAGCAACAGCAGGGAGGGCAGUGCGGAGAGGCAGUCAUUGCAGAUGACUCCACAAAGGAAGCUAAUCAAACCGCCGAGCAGCCGGCCUACUAAAGGCCAUUCAAUGCCUCCCACUAACGAUUCUGCUGCUGCCAAGUCGAGUGGUUCAAAGAUACCCGGGCGAAACAAGCCUUUAGCCUCCCCACUGAGGUUGUUUAAGGGCUCUUCCACCGACACAAGCAACAGUGGAAACUCAGGACCCUCAGGUCAGGAGAAAUCCCCCUCCUCUCCUGCGGUUAAAAUCUCCAGGUUCAUCAAGACACAGGGAGCCUGCUCACAGAGCCCCAAGGCGGUGAACUCCAAGCUCCCAGGCAGGGCUGAAUUGAGUAAGGGCCCCUCCUCCAGUUCCCCUCACCUCUCAAGGAGGCACCUGGAGUUUGCUGACCAUGGCGAGCAGCCGACCAGAGACAAACACUGUGAAACCAGCAAAAAUAAUCUCAGGUCCCCUUCUCCUCCCCCGCCCCCGGGCCGCACCACCUCCUUACUGGUCAGACCAAAUUACGAAGCGUCGCCUCAAGCACAAAAAACAUGGCAGGCUCAAACAACCACUGUGAGGGGCCCUCCCCCGAGUUACCACACCUCAAUUCUACCAAAUAUGCAAUCUACGCUUCCCAUCAAGGAUAAAGACUGUUUAGACUUGGAUGCAGGGUACGGGACUGCACUUGCACCUCAGAAACUGGUCGAGAAAACCAGUCAGCACCUUCAAAAGUCCCCCGCCACGACUCAGACACGUACUAAAGGCACUUCCAAGAGGGUGACCACGAAAGACUACCUCCCUCCUUCAAACUCAGGGUGUGCUCCAGAAACUGAAAAUGCACCUAAAAGCUCAAAGAAUGUCCCUCCCCCCUACAGUGCCCUCAGAGGGUCCUCUCUUCAGAACUCCUUUGCAAAUAAAAGAGCCUCAACCCAUGAAGGCGUCCAUCAGACAGUGCAGAAAACGUCUAUUAGUUUACCCAUAUCGCUUCAGGACACACCUCAAGCUCAAACAGAACCCCAAAAUGUCAAAGGUGUUGUCAGCCCGCCCGGCUCGGUCAUGCUUUCCCCAAACGCAACGGAAAAAGCCUCAAAAACUCGCAUCCCGAUGGGUUUUAAAGCCUUUAUCAAAUCUCCCCCCAGCCAUAAAAAUAGUCCCUCGAUACCAGGCAAGCAAGCAAAAGAUCAUAUCAACUCAGUCUCCAAGGAAACCGUGACUUCAAAUGCCUCUACCCAGUGUGACAGUAUUGAUUCCCCCCCCAAGAUGUCCCUUGCAGAAGUGAAAGGUGAGGUCCAGGGUAGAUUACUGGAGGAGGAUGCUCAUGCUGUGCUACAAGAGGAGGGGGAGCUUUGUGAGAAAGGGAAAAGGAGUAGUCAACUUUUUUCUAGGUCCAUAUCUAUCUCCACAAAGCCUCAUCUAAAGCCGGCGUUGGGGAUGAAUGGGGCCAAAGCCCGGAGCCAGAGCUUCAGCACCAACUACAUCGAGAAACCCAACAUCAAUACUGUAGAUGGGCCAGGAAAGAUCAGAACUCAGAUAAUCACCAACUCUGGUGAGAGGGGAAACUCUUUGUCGCGCCAGAGUUCCUUGGAGGUACCGGAGAGCCCGGUCCAUUCCCCCAGGUCCAGGCUCAGCCACUACGGAGGCAUGACGGGGUCAAAUACUCAGAGCGUCCACCCUGAGAAAACUUCCAAAUCAGAGGAUGGGUCACAGGGUUCAGCGAAGGGGGAGGCACUCACUUCCCCCUCUCAAAAAGAGGCACGUUGCUUACCUGUCAGUGAAAGGCUUGGUUUGAACAACAUCCGUAGGCCAGCAGCCUCUCAUUCUCAGUUUCAGCCUCCGGUGCAGGAAACGGGAGGAAUAGCAACCUUCCCUAAUGAGCCGGACUUUAGCAGGGAUGUCAAAACUCAGACAGACUCUCCAGAUACGGAGGAGAAAAAAAUCAGCCCAACAGCCUGCACGAUCGAAGAGAAAGUCAUGAUGGGAAUCGAGCAGAACCUGCAGAAAUGUCAAGAACAGGAGAAGGUCACUGCCAGCGAGACCAAACAGAAGACGGCCCCUUCUCUGGCAAACUGGUUCGGCCUCCGUAAGAGCAAACUCCCCGCUCCUAAUGGGAAGAAAGCGGACUCCCCCAAGGGCAAGGAGGAGAAGAAAGAGUCGAAAAUCGGAUCGGUGCUCGGGGGCAAACAGAAGAAGGAUAAGAAGAAAAAUGAGAACCAGCAGAGAGACGUUCAGGAGGGGGAGAACCAGUCUGACGUGAACAACAAGCUGAGCUCCAUCAUGGACCACUGCAACAACCAGAUGGGUCAGAUCGCCAGUCAGAUCCAGUGCACGACCGCGUUCAUCGGGAAAGACCAGUUUGUGAAGGAGCUUCUCGGCAGGACCGCUGUGAAGGGCAGCUGUGAGGCCGCGGCGCCGCCUGGGAUCUCCACGCCCAAGAGGCACAGCGAGAUGAAGGGGGAUAUGGAGAUCUGUCCGGAUACUGCUACUCUCAUCAUGACUCAGAAGAUCAACCUGAGGGCUGGAAAUGACGAGGGACGAAUUCCAGACACAGCUUGUCAAGACCACAUGCUAGGCUCCAGCUGUCAGAUGAGGACCCUGGACAGCGGGAUCGGUACCUUUCCUCUCCCCGACUCUGUGACCCGGGCCAGCGGUCGCCACAUCCCUAAAUCGGAAUCCAGUCCCGGAGCGGUGAGCGCCUGCUCCUCUGACCCGGAUCGGGAGCCUCCCUCUUCUCACCCAGACCCCUCACAUCCUGAUGUGAAAGUGCCUUCCCUCCCAAAACCCUGCCUGCAUGCCCCCAUCAGCAUGGGUCACUCCCUGUCCGAGCCCAGUGUGACCUGCAGCAGCGACGCCGCAGACACCCAGAGCCGCCUGCCCAAAUUAGCAUCUUCAGAUGCACUCAGGGCGAAGAGGUUGAGUCUGUGUGCUCCCCUGAGUUACACCUCCCCACAGGACAAGCAGAAGGAGACAGAGAGGAAGAUGAAAGCCAGGGACCACGAUACGGCCGGUGAACGAGCCCUUCAGGUGUGCACGUACUCGGGGAGCAGCAGCGACACGGAGACUGAGCUGGAGGAAACGGGAAGAUCCCCGCAGAGGACCCUGAUCCUCAGAUCCAAGAAGAGUGACCCAGUGGACCCGAACGAGGAGACCCUGAAGAGGAGCAUUGUGGAGAAACCCUUAUCCAUCAUGGACUUCUACCAACACGAUAUGUACUCUCAUCUGGAGAAGGACAGCAGGAGGAUCUCCCAGUACAACCUGCUGCACAAGGAGGUCUCCCUGGAUGUCAAAGCUGGAGACAUACUAAGUAAGGACAUUCCCUUGGAGAAGACGUCCGUCAGUACGCCGCCGGACUCCCUGGACCUCUCUUUAGAGUCCCUGAACAAGCUGAACGAGCGCAGCCUGUACCCGGACGCCAGCUUGGGCCGCCGCAGGGGGGACUGCCAGGCCGACGGUGGGAGGAGCGGGGAGGACUGCUGCAAGCUGGACGAGCCCUCCUCCUCCAGCUUCUCCAGCAAGCCGGGGGGGGAUCCCGUGGGCUCCCUCAGUGACUCGCUGUACGACAGCUUCUCCUCCUGCACCAGCCAGGGCUCUAACGAAGUGUAGGGCCGAGCGGGAAGAAGGCAGGGCUGCAGCACCAGUCUUUAGUUAGAUCUGCCCACUGGAUUUCAGGUAGAUAUGGAAUUAAGUGGGAAGCCUUAAGCAAGCAAAAAGAAUCCUUCCAUUGUUGUGGUUUGGCCUCAAUUUUUGGAUCUGGUUUGACUUUCACCUAUUUAUGGGAAAGACUGGACUACAGCCCUGUCCUCUGCAGAAACACAAAGCACUUAGUGGAGCUGGAGACACGAGGAUCCAAGCAAACCCCAGACCGGGACUUUUAAUACAUGGGGGCUGGAGAGCAAUACGAAACCUUCUUUCUCCCCACGCUGGGGAGCUUCUUAUCAUUGCACUGUAAGAAUACUGUACAAAGUUUGUCAGGGGAGUAAAGUGAAAGACUAUUGGAGCAGGGCGUCUUCUCGGGGCAACACCGGCGUACAGUUGCUUCGAUUGCAUUGCUAGGAAAAUAGAUUCAAACCUAAGGUGUCAUUUUAUUGUUUGCUGCUAGGCCCAAUCAAGUUGCCGAAUAUGGAAUUUGUUUCCUUCUGUGAUGCAAUACUUUUCCAAACUAAUCACAACAGACUUUUAUUUUCAGUGAUCUUUAAAGGUAAAACCCGUUGCCAAUGUGUGUUAUUUUGAGCAGGAGCUGUGCGAAACGCUCUUCCGUUUAGCAGCAGACUCUAAUUAACUUAAAGCAGGUUAUGUUUCCUUGUGGCAUAUUUCCAAAAAUAAAAGAGGUUUCAAUUUGAGACAGGUACACAGGUAAAGCAAAUGACCCCGAGUCAUUGUCGGUAGCUCAGGGAACAUAUGUAGAUUGUAAGAAUUCCACUGCAGCCAUCAGGAAGCUACACUCCAGAAUCCAAACCGCUUAGCUUAUAGCCACACGUAGCACCUGAACUCGCCUCACCUCAGUUUCCCUUUCCUAGCUGUGUACUAUGUUGUAUAUAAAAAUGACUAUAAGUUAAUAUCAGAAUGGGCAUUGCUGAUUGAUAUAUGCAAAUGAGGAGAAAAACAUGUUUGCCAAUCAUUCAACCACGUCUACUGUUUGGAAAGGACAUGUGUGUUUUUCUUUAGGGGUUCUUGUUCAAAGCGAAAUCUUUAUUUUGAUCGAUGAGAGCUUACUCUAAAUAUUGUAUCACUUUAUUUUAAAGACAUAUUUGAGGUGAAGUUAUGCCAAAUUUCUCUCUGGAAUUUGACCAGCUGGUGCUAAUCAACGGAGCCGACUGUGUUUCCAUUUUUCUAUGAAACUGUUAAUAUUGUAUGAAGAGAGUCUCAAGAGGACUUGUGUAUUUUUCUAGAUGUCCAGUAUUUAUACCCACAUUUUGUACUGUCAGACUGUAGUGUGAUGUCAUGCUUCACCUCUCUCCUUAAAUGUCCCUUUGUAAAGAGAAAUGGUUACCGGCAGUGUUACUUUGGUAAUUAUUAUUAAUGUUAUUAUUGUUACUGUGUGCAAUUCUGUCUGUUACACCAGACUGUAAUGCUAUAUUUUAUGUAACUAUUUCCUAAAUAAAUAUGAGAACUAUUUCCUAUUUCAAACUGA